GAACUAUAGACAAAGACGGUUGAUAUUUUAAAAAGAGAACCCAGAACUCUCAUCCUUUCUUUACUUUCCACUACCUUUCUGAAGAAUGGAGGUCGUGCAAGUCCAGCCAAGGGAUACCUAUUUUCAUUAUGUCUAUGUUUCCACCGAAGGAACAACAAUUCAUUGGUCUUUUACUACCCAGAAAAACAAUAUUUCAUUCGGUCUUUAUCGAAUAAAUAACCAGGCACAAGUAUCAUUCGGGGCCAACAAUAAAGAACAGUACGGAUUGUAUUCACCUGAUCAUGAUGAUCGGGCAAGGAGUCAAGAGCAUACUUCCAUAAAUGAAAAUUACUUAGCAUCAACCGCAGCCAGCUCUCAAAAUUCCCCAAGCAGCCACCAAAACGGCCAUGGAAGAACACGUGCAAAAUCAGUAGCGUCUGUUAAGCUUAAAGAGCGCGGACUAGAAGAAAUUAUCCCAAUUAAUGAUAUGCAGUCAAGCAGAGCAAAAAUUGAAGGCUCAUAUAAAGUAGCUGAUCCAGGAAACUAUGUACUAGUUUUCGACAACACGUUUUCAAGAACAACACCCAAGAUAUUAACGUUUUCAGUAAACCUUAUGGAAGAUACUUCCCCGAUUUUGCCUGCCCCUCAGCAACCGCACAUUUCAGGAUGGUUACUAAAAAAGAAACGGAGACGUAUGCAAGGCUGGGCGAAACGUUGGUUCUCAUUGUCUUCUUCUGGAGUACUGUCAUACUCAAUUGACAAAGACAGCAUAAUCCGGGGUUCGAUUCAAGUUAUGGCUUCCAUAGUCUCGAAUAACGAAUCGCAGCGUUUGAUACAUAUAGACUCUGGCACAGCAUUAUAUCAUCUUAAAACAUCGAGCACGGAGGAGCACAGUAGCUGGGUGAAUGCGCUGAAAGUUUACGACAUUACUGCAAAUGAGAGUAAAAAAUCCAUUUUGAAUAGAAGUGGGAUUACAGCAGUGAAAGCAUCUGUACCUACCAAAAGCAUUGAUGACUGGAUAGAAUGUGGAUUGAAAGACUCUAUUCGUCUGAGCAAUGAGGCCUACAAGAUGACAAGCAUACUACAAGAGCUGAAGAAACAAUUAGAUGGAAAAACAAACAAAGCUGACUAUUCUGAAGAAUUGAAGAUGUCAAUCGAAAAAUUAAUGUCUCAACAUAAGUUGGUAACUAAUGGAAUUCGUGAGCAGGAAGAACAAUGGCAGAGUACCCAAAAUACACUCCACUCUUUACCCGCCACAAACCCUCGAAAUCCACUCAAUUUACUUAAUUCUUCCAAAGCCUCCACUGUAAGAUCACUUGAAUCGUCUAAGCAAUCACAGCUGUCGCUUUAUUCUGAAGAGUUUUUUGAUGCGGAAGAUUUUGUUCUAAGCACAGAGGAAGAUUAUCUUGAAGCAGGGGAGGAAAAUGAUAAUAUAUCUGAAGGAGACAGUAGCGAUGACGAGGACGGGCAUGAUAUUGUGUCUCUUGAACAAUCUUUUAAUUUGGACAAUUCUGGAUCUUGCCAACGCCGUAGCAAACUACCAUCACCAUCCAUCGCAGACAUUGGAUCGGCACUAUCAGUCUUCAGAAAGAAUGUCGGAAAGGAUCUUUCAACAAUUGCUAUGCCAGUAAGCAUGAAUGAGCCCAUCAACUUCUUACAAAAAGCAUGUGAGGAUAUGGAAUACUCUGAUCUCCUAGACAAAGCAUCCACACUUUCUGAUUCCAUGGAAAGAUUGAUGUAUGUGGCUUUAUUCGCCAUAUCAGGCUAUUCUUCCUCCCAGUAUCGCACCGAGAGAAAGCCUUUUAACCCUAUGAUGACAGAAACAUAUGAAUCCAUCCGACCCGACAAAGGCUUCAGAUUCAUGUCUGAGAAAGUGUCCCACAAUCCACUGAUAAUAGCAACACACACAGAAUCUAGAAACUACACCCAUUGGCAAUGCUCAAAAAUUAAGAGCAAAUUCUGGGGAAGAUCUAUGGAAUUCAUAACCGAAGGAACUUUUCAUGUUACGCUUACUGGACACUAUGACCAUUUUACCUAUUCAAAACCAUCAAGUUGGUUACGGAAUAUGAUGGCCGGCGAGAAAUACCUGGAACACGCAGGAGAAAUGAAAAUCGUUAACCAGACAACAAAAGAGUAUGCCGUCAUAUCGUUCAAAGAAGGCACUGGAGGUGGCAUUUUUGGUGCACCAACAAAUCGAAAUGAUGUAAUUGCAACAUUUUUUGACGCCGACAACAUCAAGUGUAGACGUGUCGUAGGCAAAUGGAGUGAAAAAUUGGCAGAAGAACUUGAGAUGAACAAGCGAAAACUUUCUGUAUUAUGGGCAGCAAGCCCACAAACUAUAGAGGACUUUGAGAAAUACUACGGAUUCAAUAAGUUUACUGUUGAAUUAAAUGAGAUUACAUCCAUAGAAGAUGGUCGAAUCCCUAAAACAGAUACUCGUUUGCGUCCUGAUCAAUGCCUUUAUGAGCAAGGUUUUGUAGAACAAGCUGAUAUUGAGAAGCAGCGGAUAGAGCAAAAACAGCGUGAUCGCCGCAAAAAUAUGGAAGCAAAUAAGAUUCCCUGGGAAUCACGCUGGUUUAAGCUUCAACAAGACGCUUUUGUAGAUCCUGCAUUUGUUGAUUCCCCGGGUACUCAAGACUCGAUUGGUCAUUCGUGGCAAUUCACUGGAGACUAUUGGGCUAUCCGUGAGUCAGGAAAAUGGCCGAGUGACAUUCCAGAUCUAUGGUGAACUUGAUAGAUUAAUGUUCAAACAAAUAGAUGCCAAUAUUUGAUGAUGGUCGAUAUAUAUCUUUUAUUGGAUUUCUUUAAUAUAUAUAAGUCAAACAUACUAUUCUGUCAAUUUAUAUAUAUUUUAAUGUCAAAACACCAAAGUAUAUAGUUUAUUAAUUACUUGAAAAUAAAAAUCAAUAACAUUAUUUGUUUUUAUC